ACGCCUCCAAGAUAUGUGCCGCCGGAACUAAAGGAAGUGGAUCUCAUGACAUCGGCGGACUUUCGCUAUGAUUACGGCGCUGAUCUGAAGAACAUGCGAUUCCGGCAGCAACGACAGGAUCACAUGCAAUUCUUCAAGAUUGUUAUGCAUCAGAACCAGCAGCUCUUCAAGGGUCGCGUUAUCCUGGUACUCUCCUGCGGAACUGGAACUCUGGCUUUAAUGGCUGCCCAAAUGGGGGCCAAAAGGGUUUAUGCAGUUGAUUACUCCAAGGUUACCGGCUAUGCGGAGUUGGUGGUGCGUGAAAAUCGCUAUGAAACCGUCAUUAAAGUCUUAAAUGGACGCAUGAAGGAUUUAAUGUUACCGGAGAAAGUGGAUGGCAUCGUUUGCGCCUGGAUGGGUCAUUGUUUGCUCUUCGAAUCGGAGAUAUUGGAGGUUCUAGAAGCCCGUGAUCGCUGGCUGAAGAAGGGCGGCUUUAUCCUACCCGAUUUGGGUUCGCUAUAUCUCGUUGCUUCGGAGGAACACAAUCUUAAGAACGAUCGCUGCAAUUGGUGGCGGGAUAUCUACGGAUUUAAUAUGAAUGCCAUGCGUCGAUAUUCCCUGGCUGAACCUCGCUAUGCUAAAACGAGUGGAGGAAACAUUUUGACUUUAGCUCAUAAGAUUUUAAACCUAGAUUUAAAGAAAGCCAAGAAGGAAGAUUUAAUGAUAGAUCGAAAAAUCAGGUUAAAGGUCCAGAAAGAGGGCUAUCUAGAGUGCUUUCUCCUCUUUUUCGAAGUGCAGUUCAGCAGUUCGCCCUUCAAGAUGAGCUGCAAUCCCUGCUGCAAGUCGCCCUACAAAUCGCUUUGGUUGCAAACCGUACUCUUUGUAGAACAGCCGUUCAUAAUGCGCAGUAACCUUCACUACACGGGUAGCCUGAAAUUCAAGCCCCUGAAAUCGAAUAGCUUGAAGGAAAUGGAAAUACGUAUUGAGUUCUACGAGGGUCUUGAGUACGAUGACGAUUGGAACGCAUGUACUCGUCGGGUGGUCAAGAGAUGGCUCAUGCUGGAGCGCUUUCAGACUUUCGGCGAGGUGGAGAGUUGUCAGGAUGAGCUGGGGGAGGAUGGUGGCCAGGACUUUUAG